CAGUGUGGACAGAGAGGGUAGCUAUAAUUGGAUACCUCCUGCUUCCGUGGUCUGCAUGCAGAAUAAUUAUGAGGAAACAGAAGAAUUAAAUGGAGAAUUAUAUGGAAAUAGAAGUCACCCUGCCGAAAUCACAAGACAGGGCAGACCCCCGAUGCACUACUAAAGAGUCGUUGUGGGCCUCGGAUCAUGUCCCUUGAAAACGUCUGCGGCUUGCGCUCGUCGUAAAGGUUGCAUCCAGCCUCUGAGAACCACCGGAGUCAAAGUCUUGUUGGCUAAGCGUCAAAAGGAUGGCCCUAAUCAGGACUCUCAGGGCGCUACGGCUAGAAGCUCUCUCCACAUCCACGGCCGCACCUCCCAGGAUCCACACGUCUGCCAGCCAGCUCAACUCCAACCGAACGUCCAUUGCUUGUAUCGGGAGGCAGAAAUAUGCCCGUCUCUAUCCAGUGCUGCUGGUCAAACCUGAUGGCUCGACGAUCCACAUCCGUUACAAGGAGCCAAAGCGGAUCCUCGCGAUUCCGAUAGACAGCAAUACCCUCCCGGAGGCCGAAAGGAGAGCCCGGCUGUUGAAGCGGAAGGCGGCCCUCCUUCAGUCCAAACAGGAGGCGGUUUAUGAAGAUGUUUUCAACUUGGAUGACUACAAAAAGUUUUGGAAGAAAUGAGUUGUUGGGUUGGUGUUGUUUUUAAAGACAGCUGUAAUGAUAGCUACUUUGUGUUGAUGUGAAACUGCUGCAUGUAGAUCCAUGUGGUUUAUUAAAGAGGUUAUUAUUUCAUCUAA